CCUGCUGCUCCAAACUCCAAAGUCCCAAACUUUCGCGCUCGAAAGAAGCCCUAGCUUCCCAAGUUCGCUCUCUUCUUCGCGAUCAGACGUCAGGAAAAGCUUCCAGCUUCGAGCUUUUGCAAUUCGGACCAAGAAUGCCUGACCAGACCGAAUUCAACCUCUGAGGAUUCCAAAGACUCCGGCUAGAGUUUCGAAAUGGAUGCCAAAGACAUUCUGGGACUGCCCAAAAAUCAGCUUCCGAUACCCCAAGAGAAGAAAUCUAGGCCGCCGAAGGAACCUCAGAGGAAGCCCGAUGGCAUUUCGCGGGAGGUUUAUGCGCUUACUGGUGGUUUGGCACCUCUCAUGCCGUCGAUCGAUGUCUCUCAAUUGAAACGACGGCCUCCUUCAGAUGAGAAGAUUACUUGGCAGUGGCUACCUUUCACAAAUUCUGCUAGAAAGGAUGAUUUGCAGCUCUUCCAUUGGGUCAGAGUUGUGAAUGGUGUUCCACCAACUGGUGAUUAUGCUUUUGCCAAAUACAACAAGUCUGUCGACAUUAUUAAGUAUACUGAUGAGGAGUAUGAGAAGUACUUGACUGAUCCAACAUGGACCAAAGAAGACACGGAUCAAUUGUUUGACUUGUGUGAAAGGUUUGAUCUUCGCUUUGUUGUGAUAGCUGAUAGGUUUCCCUCAUCUCGCACAGUGGAGGAACUGAAGGAUCGCUAUUAUAGUGUAUCUCGUGCUCUUUUGAGUGCUAGAGCUCCUCCUGGAGAUAUCGCCAGUCACCCUCUUGUAAAGGAACCUUACAAUAUGUCACAGGAAGUAGAGCGCAAACGUGCCUUGUCAAUGGUCCUCUCUCAAACAAAACAGCAAGAGAGAAAAGAUGCUGAGGUAGUUGCUGAAGCAAAGCGGAUAACAGAGUCACGCAUGGCUGCUAAGGGCCCUGAAGAGUCUGAGUCGCCUGUAGCAGCAAAUGUUGGUCCAGAAAAUAGUCAGAGGGCUGCGGUCACUGGUGACGCCGUAACUCCUUCAAAUGCUACACUUCCCUCUGCUAUCGCUGCAUCAUCAACGUUAAUGGCAGACAAUGCAUCGACUCUUGCUUCUCUUCGCAUGCUCCGUGUGUACUUGAGAACAUAUGCUCUUGAUCAAAUGGUGCAAGCUGCAAGUGCAUCUGCUGGACUGCGGACAAUCAAGCGGGUUGAGCAAACAUUGCAAGAACUUGGGGUGAAUUUGAAACCAAAAGUUCCAACCAAAGCUGUUUGUGCAGAGCAUCUUGAGUUAAGGAAAGAGAUAUUGACUCUUCUAAAUCUUCAGAAGCAGCUUCAAUAUAAGGAAGCAGAAGGUACAUCUUUUCAUGAGAGUCCUUACUCAGAAACACCAGGCACCCCAAAGCGCAUGCCCCGUGGGGACCAGGACCGGCCAUUUAUGCCUGACCCUCUUAGUUUUGGAGGUGAUAGAUUUGGCAAGAGGGACCAGAAACGCAAGGCACCUGCAAGAACAUCAGAAGCUGCACAAUCCCCAUCUCAAUCUAAAAGGCCUCGCAAGAUGAAGGCUUCUGACAUCUAGCUAGUUGUGGGAUGAUUGAGUUUAGGGCUCUUGGUAACAGUGGCUUGCGGCAUGAUGGUUUGAUGCAAAAUUUAUGCUUCCUCAGAUGCUUGGUCAACAAUUAAGCACGAAAGCAGAUUAAACUCCCUCGAGAUUGCUUCUUUUUGUCGGAUUUGGAGUUGAGCAGAAGCUUAGACACCAAUGCUGAGCUCGUCCUUGAAUGAGACUGGUACACAUGACAAUUACUCAUCAACGUUCGGGUGCCCGUCCCAAGCAUGAAAGUUCUGCUUCCUUAGCUGACAUUACGUAUGUAUAGAAUGACUAUGGUGGUGAUCUUUUGUGGAUGAGGGGUUUUUCCCAGUAGCGGCAUCUUGCUCUGGAAUAGAUGAAGAAGGCUUCAAUUU